GCCAGCCAGCACCGCGGGUGCUCCACGCUCCUGUCGGUCUGUUAGUGCUACCACCGUCCACCGCAGGGCACGCCCACCAGUAACACCCGGACACCACCACAGUUAGCACGCUGCCUGACGGGAGCAUCAAGGGAACUGAACUGAACUGAACUGGGGACUGACCGGUCGAGAUCCCGAGGUUUAAACCACCUCGCUGGCGAUCCAUCUUUCUUGCUUGUUGUUCUCCCGUCUCGUAUCCUUUAUAUAUCAAUACAAACUAUUCUCCUGUCCUUCCACACCGUCCUCUCUUCCUUCUACUGAAUCAUUUCUGCCCUUUCCAUUCUUCUGAGGAUACCCAACAAGCAGCCGUUGAUUCUUGAUUUCUAUUCAUCCAUUUAUCUAGUCGACUAGUAAUCGUAUAAUCAUUCACAAUGGGUGCUCUCGACAGACUUUCUCAGAUCGGCAACCAGAUCUCCGCUGGUGUUACCGGUGGUGGCCGUGACCAGAUUCUCCAGAAGAACGCCGAUGAUAUCGUCGUCACCUGCGCUCUCCGCACUCCCUUCACCAAGGGUGGCAAGGGUGGCUUCAAGGACACUCACGCUGCUGACCUGAUGGCCGGUGCCCUCCGCGGCCUCAUCGAGCGCUCCAAGAUCGACCCCUCCCUCGUCGAGGACAUCAAGGUCGGCACCGUCCUCGCCCCCGGCGGUGGUGCGACCGAGAUGCGCGCCGCCGCUCUCGUCGCCGGCUUCCCCGAGUCCACCGCCGUCCACACCCUCAACCGCCAGUGCUCCUCGGGUCUCCAGGCCUGCGUCGACAUCGCCAACGCGAUCCGCUCCGGUAUGAUCGAAGUCGGUGUCGGUGCCGGUGUCGAGUCCAUGUCCACCAACUACGGCCCCGCCGCCGUCGCCGAGUUCUCGGACCUGCUCGAGUCCCACAAAGAGGCCGCCAACUGCAAGGUGCCCAUGGGUGUCCUGUCCGAGGACAUGGCCAAGGACAAGGGCGUCUCGCGCAAGGACCAGGACGCCUUCGCUGCCUCUUCGUUCCAAAAGGCUGUCAAGGCCCAAAAGGAGGGUCUCUUCAAGGAGGAAAUCCUCCCGCUCAAGGCCAAGUUCGAGGACCCCAAGUCAGGCGAGACCAAGGAGAUCCUGGUUGACCGCGACGACGGCAUCCGCGACGGUGUCACGGCCGAGUCCCUCGGCAAGAUCCGCGCGGCUUUUGCCAAGGAUGGCUCCAUCCACGCCGGCAACGCCUCGCAGGUCUCGGACGGUGCCGCCGCCGUCCUGCUCAUGAAGCGCUCUACCGCCGAGAAGCUUGGUCAGCCCAUUCUCGGCAAGUUUGUCGCCGCUUCCGUCGUGGGCGUCAAGCCUCUUCUCAUGGGCAUCGGCCCCUGGAAGGCCAUUCCCAAGGUGUUUGAGCUCACGGGCAUCAACAAGGACGACGUCGACAUCUUUGAGAUCAACGAGGCGUUUGCUUCGCAGUGCUUGUGGUGCGCUAACGAGCUUGGUAUUCCCAUGGAGAAGAUCAACCCCAAGGGCGGUGCCAUUGCUUUCGGUCACCCGCUUGGCUGCACCGGUGCCCGCCAGGUUUCUACCCUUCUCUAUGAGUUGAAGAGGACAGGCAAGAAGGUUGGUGUUACGUCCAUGUGCGUUGGUACCGGUAUGGGUAUGGCUGCCGUUUGGGUGGCCGAGUAAGCAAGCGGUUGUGACGACAAAAAAUGGGCGUUGGGUUUCCUUUCCUCUCUUUGAUAUAGCAUAUUUUGUGCAAUGAUUGCAUGUCAACAACAAUUCCUGUAACUUUAGAACAACAGCGUUUAUUGUUUUUCCCUUGGAUACCAUAUGCGAUUCAUUCAUUUGGUUUAGCUCAAAGCUCCUGCUCUUACAUCCAUGUACGUGUAAAAGGUUGGCAACGAUAUGCAACCACCUCGUCACGUACCCCGUUGCACUUCUUACCGGCAGCGUCAUCCGAUAACCGCCCGCGCGGAAGCAGACAUGGUUCAAGUCGCUAGUUACCUAAGUAUAGGUACUGUGUAGCCAUGAGACCAUGGGAACUUUGUUCCUACAAGUACAGUGCUUGUCCGGUCGGUAUGUAGCGAGGAAAGCGGGCAGGCAGCACUGAAACGGGCGGUCAUCCUCCUCCGUUCGCAUACCGACAAUCGAUGUGGUGGUUUCCCUUAGCCUCUUAGCCUCACGAGGGUCUUGUAUGAUAAACCUCUCUCCGGUAGCACAUGUCCCAGGUCCUGCCCUGUCUUCUCGAACUACAAGUACCGUACUUUGGGGGCUUCAGGUCUCCAAUUUCUCCCGUUGUAACCAUCCCACAUGCCAAAUGCCACAUGCCACAUGCCACGUCUCUCUUCUCGGUUUGUUUCACCAUUACCAUAGAAAGACACUAGAAGCCAAGUUUGAAACAA